AUGGUUUGUCGCAGAUCUGGUGAUGCCUCGCACCGAUGCCAAGGCCAACACAUCAUUCAGGCCAUUGGGCCUUCUACUCUGCAAAAGAGUCAAGACUUUGCGGCGAAGUUCCUCAAAGAUCAUCCAGACCAAAAGCCGGCUCUCUACAGCAACUAUCAGGACGUCUACAAUGAUCCGAAUGUCGAUUGUGUCUACAUUGGAAGCCCCCAUGGCUUCCACAAGCAGCAUUGCUUAGAGGCCAUAUCCGCUGGAAAAAACGUCCUCUGUGAGAAGGCCUUCACAAUCAAUGCCGAUGAAGCCAGAGAACUGGUUGCAGCAGCCAGGGCAAAGGGAACCUACCUAGCAGAAGCCAUGUGGCUACGCCACCGGCCAAUGAUUGCCGAUUUGAGGAAGCUUCUCUAUCAAGACAAGGUGAUAGGCAACAUUUUCAGAACAAGAUCUGACUUCCAGAUGUAUGUUGAUGUUGCUAACUUACCUCCCACUUCCCGCUACAAGAACCCCAGCCUCGGUGCUGGCUCCAUGCUAGACAUUGGAGUUUAUUCCCUCACAUGGGCCAUCCUCGCUUUGGAGCCAGAAGCCCCAGGGCCUAGAGAAAAGCCGAAAAUUAUGGCAGCUCAGUCGUUCGUGGAUGGGAUCGAAGUCACAACGAGCCUGCUUCUUCACUAUCCCGACACCGGCCGCCAAGGAGUGGUCACUUCGACCACGGAAAGACGAAGACACGAGUGUCAGAUAAUUGCCACAAUUGAUGGAACAGACGGCUUUAUUGAGGUCGAGGGAAGGGUUCCCUCCCAUCCCACGUCAUUUACGGUGUAUCCUAAGUGGGGAUCGGAUGAUGAGAAGCCCCAAGGGAAGAAGUACGAUUACUCAAGGCCGCAGCAGGGCUUCAUUUACGAAGCUGAUAGCACUGCCCUGGAUCUUGCAGCUGGAAGGAAAGAGUCCGCCAUUAUGCCACUGUCUGAGACUGUCCGUGUGAUGGAAAUCAUGGAUGAGGUCAGACGUCAAGGUGGAACAAUCUAUCCGGUAGACCAGGUGUGA